AUGGAGCAGCUGAGCUUGCUGCGGUCAGUGGCUCAGCGACUCGUUGUCACACCGAUCGAAGAGCUGCCUCGACAGGCUGGCUUUUUGGCCACAUCGCUUUCGAGCUGCUCACUACUUGGCGAGGAAGAGCGGAACGGAAUUGAUUUCUCCGGACCUUUGCACAGAAUCCGGACACGUCUUUCAAGUUUAUUGCAAGGAAGGAGCUAUGCCGAGAGACUCACUGCUGCCGUGGUCAUCAAAAGCUACAUCGAGACAGUCAGGCCCGUCGAAAGCAAUCUGUGGGAGUCCUGGGUUCGGGGGAUCAUCGCGUGGUUGAACAAGCCCGAUCCAUGGGAGGGCAAAAUUGUUUACUUGACGACAGCGACCAGGAUUUUCAUCAAAUGUCACGGAGUCACCGCUCUUCAGCGCGAAGUUGUGUCACCGUUGCUUCCCGCAUUCCUCAAUGCCAGUCUUGCGGCGGUCAAGCCAACACACAUCCAAACAGAAAGUAAGAGCACGACGGUGACAAGUCGAUUACUUGGCGAAGCGCUGAGAUCAUGGAGCGAGAUCGUCCAGCUAUUCAGCACAACUUUGCGACCUUUUGUGUCCAGACUCAGGCAAGUAUGCCUGUUACUGCUCGGCGAGCAUUCGGGCCAAGGGCCUAUGUGUGAUGCAGCCGUACGCCUGCUCAGUCUGCUACACCUGUGUGCACCAAAGGCAACAGGCGCCACGGAAUGGGAACAGAAUGUUGCCAAUGUCGUACUUGCCAUACACCAGAGCCUCGAUGUCCUUUUCAGGGGUAUUGUGGAGGACUGGACCUCGAGCAGCACGGCACUAUCGCAGCGCACUGUCGACGCCAGUCUUUCCGGUACUCUGAAACUUUCAGAAGUCGACGCUGCAGGCCUAAGCCCGUGGUCAGGGUCGUUUGAUGGGACUCGACGAGUUCUGGUCCUGCUUAAGUGGCUCACUGGCUCUUUCUCUGCUGCGUGCCCGCCCGUGGGCAUGCCAUUUGGUGCCAUCAUCGAUCUCACGAGUCGUCUCACAUAUGUUACCAUCCCAACCUCCACUAAUCACAUCAAGACGAAAUCUGAAAUCACGAAGGACGAGCGAGACGAACUUUGGACGAGCCUCCCGCAUUUACAUGCACAAUGCUUUGAAUUGCUUGAAGCCAUGUCCAGCACUUUUGGCGAGGCUCUGCGGCCAAUGGAUGCCACUAUCUGCAGCCAGAUCCUUGACGUUUUCGAAGCCGAAUACUGGAACAAAGUCGUGUGCGAAAAGUCGUAUGCUACCAUGGCGCAACUCAUAAAAUUCAACAAACGUAUCAUACAGCCAGCUCAUGCCUCCACGUUCACUCUCAUGCUCAAGACAGCUUGCCGCGAUGUGGGUAAGGGGCAGGCCGCGUCGUCCUUGUCCUCGGCAACUUCCAUCACUGGACAAGGGCAUGGCACCCCUGUGUCAAAGCAAUCCCCGGACACACCGCCGACUAUCAUCGGCGAACUUACUCGAAGCACUCUCGUCGAAGCUGCUUGCGAACUAUUACUGGCAGCGUACGAGCUGCCAUCAGGGUGUGUGCCCCAUGCCGUGAGAACCGAAAUGGACCGUACAGCCAUUUGGGGCAAUCACGAAAGUUUGCUUCUAGCUUCUACCAUGUAUCCGCCAAAUCGGAUAGGUGCUACGAGCACAUUGCCCAGUCUGCUACCAUUCCUUGUACGAAGCCGCGGAGGACACCUCAAGCAUGCUACGGAAGCACUGCUGAGACCUCGCAUUCCAAGUCUGCAGACUACUAGCCGUGUUGAGCUUCGUGAAGCAGAUUACAACGGAAAUGAUGUAAGUAUGGAGGAAGCGGAGUUGGAGACUACCACAACGAACGGAUUGGGCCACAUCACAUCAAGAGAUGAUCAGUACACACACUACGGCACCGACCCAGCACCAUUCAACGAGUCUACAGUGGCCGGCUCCAGCAAGAUUUUGGACAGUGAGAUCGGCAGCACUGCAUCAUUGGCGACGAAACGGAAAUUCUCACAAACUGAAGUAUUAGAGCCAGAACCGUUGGCUGCGCCUGAAGAGGCUGUCAAACGCCUCCGACAGCCUGCGGAUGGGGUGCAGAUGAAGGCACAGCAGACGAACAGUCCCACAAAUGGCCACAUAACUAAAGAUGUCGAAGUCGAGCCUGCUAAGGUGCCUUUGUAUACGGCCUCGGAUGCUGUCACGAUUCACAGUGCGCCCUUGUCUACUGAAGACGAGACACGGGUCAUACCAAACAGUGACGAUGAGUCAGACAUACCAGAGAUCGAUGUCGCGGCAGAUACGGACGAUGAGGAUGAGAUGGAAUAG